UGCAGUUCAGACACGUCUCUGAGUUUCACUGUAAGAAAUCUAACCUGAGUUCAUCUGGACUUUCACAGACACUGAUUCCAACACUGUGUGUGAAGAUGUCUGCUGCCAGCAAUCGGCGCUCUGAAGAUCAGUUUCGGUGCUCCAUCUGUCUGGAAGUGUUCACUGAUCCAGUCUCCACACCAUGUGGACACAACUUCUGCAACGAGUGCAUCACUCAGCACUGGAACACCAAGGUCAUCAGUGACUGUCCCCUGUGUAAAAAACUGUUCAGAACAAGACCUGAACUCAACGUCAACACUUUGCUCGCUGAGAUGGUUUCUCAGUUCAGACGUGAAGCUGAACUCAAAGCCAGCAGCAGCUCAGAGCAACAAGCUGCCAAACCAGGAGAAGUUCCCUGUGACGUCUGCACUGGAACCAAAGUGAAGGCCCUCAAGUCCUGCCUGGAGUGCCUGGUCUCCUACUGUCAGACUCAUCUGGAGCCUCAUCUGACAGUGUCAGGCCUGAAGAAACAUCAGCUGAUGGAGCCUGUGGAGAACCUGGAAGCCAGGAUGUGUCUGAAGCACCAUAAACCUCUGGAGCUGUUCUGUCAGAGAGAGCAGACAUGUGUCUGCAUACUGUGCACUGUUUUAGAGCACAGGAACCACGAGUUUGUUCCUCUGAGUGAAGAAUGUGAAGGAAAGAAGAAGGAGCUGAGGAAGACAGAGGCUGAAAUGCAGCAGAUGAUCCAGGAGAGACGAGUGAAGAUCAAGGAGAUCAGAGAGUGUGUGAAGAGGAGUAAAGCUGCUGCAGACAGAGAGAAAGCAGAAGGUGUUGAGGUGUUCACUGCUCUGAAGGAGUGUGUUGAGAGAGGCCUGAAGCAGCUGAUGGAGAGGAUGGAGGAGGAAGAGGAAGCCAGAGAGAAACAGGCUGAAGGUCUCAUCAGAGAUCUGGAAGAGGAGAUCUGUGAGCUGACGAAGAGGAGCUCAGAGGUGAAGCAGCUCUUCCUCUCUGAAGACCACCUCCACCUCCUCCAAGGCUUCUCCUCCCUGAAAGCUGCUCCACCCACCAAGGACUGGACAGAGGUCAGCGUCCGUCCAUCAUCAUAUGAGGGGACUGUGGUGAGAGCUGUGGCUCAGCUGGAGGAGACUCUCAGCAAAGAGAUGAAGAAGCUGUUUGAGGCUGAUCUGAAGAGGAAGCAGCAGUUUGCAGUGGAUGUGACUCUUGAUCCUGAUACAGCUCAUCCUGAUCUCAUCCUGUCUGAUGAUGGAAAACAAGUGAGUGAAGGUGAUGUGAGGAAGAAGCUUCCAGACAACCCAGAGAGAUUUGAUGAGUGUGUGAAUGUUUUAGGAAAACAGAGUUUCUCUUCGGGUAAAUUUUACUUUGAGGUUCAGGUUAAAGGAAAGACUAAAUGGACUUUAGGAGUGAGCAAAAAGUCCAUCAACAGGAAGGGAGAGAUCAAACUCAACCCUGAUGAAGGUUUCUGGGUCAUAUGGCUGAGAAAUGGAAAUCAGUACUCAGCUCUGAGAUGCCCUGCAGUACGUCUGUCUCUGAGAUCAGCUCCUGAGAAGGUGGGGGUGUUUGUGGAUUAUGAGGAGGGUCUGGUCUCUUUUUAUGAUGUAGCUGCUGCAGCUCUGAUCUACUCCUUCACUGGCUGCUGCUUCACUGGCAAACUGCUCCCAUACUUGAGCCCGUGUUUUAAUGAUGGUGGUAAAAACUCUGCUCCUCUGAUCAUCUGUCCUGUCAAUCAAACUGUCUGAUGAGGAAGAUUCACCAACAAUUAAUGAGCUUGUUGGAAAGUGAAAGAUUGACUCUGAUUUAUUUGAUCAAAUCAAUCAAUCAAUCAAUCAAUCAAUUUAUUUUUGUAUAGCCCAGUAUCACAACAACAGUUGCCUCAGAGGGCUUCAAGAUGUUACAUUUGUCGGUAAAAGUAA